UUCAGCUGACUGUUACGUUAACAACCGCAUUGCGAUUCUUUUGUUUAUUUAAUUAUUUUAAACAAAUAUCCUAGCAGCAUGACAUAAAGUGAGGGUCCAAUCAAUAAUUUUAGGACAUGGCAGCGGAACUAAGUCUGGAUUCGGCCGCAGGCUCAAUCGAAAUUGACAUGCAAGAGCCGGUUAACAAAUUAAAAUUUCUGCAUGCUCUUGUUGCUGGAGGCGUGGCUGGCCUUGUGGUCGAUAUAGCCCUCUUUCCCAUAGACACCGUUAAGACCCGGCUUCAGAGUGAACUGGGCUUUUGGCGGGCUGGGGGCUUCAAGGGAAUCUACAAAGGACUUGCUCCUGCCGCUGCAGGAAGUGCUCCCACGGCUGCUCUGUUUUUCUGUACCUACGAGUGUGGUAAACAGUUUCUCAGCUCCGUAACACAAACCAAAGAUUCUCCAUACGUUCACAUGGCAGCAGCUUCGGCAGCGGAAGUGUUGGCUUGCUUAAUUCGUGUACCCGUGGAAAUUGCCAAGCAACGCUCCCAAACAUUACUGGGCAACAAACAGUCUGGCCUGCAAAUCCUACUAAAGGCAUAUCGCACUGAAGGCCUUCAACGUGGACUUUACCGAGGAUUCGGAUCUACUAUAAUGCGGGAGAUUCCAUUUAGUCUUAUACAAUUUCCCCUAUGGGAGUACUUUAAGCUUCAAUGGACGCCCGUCACUGGUUUCGAGUCCACUCCCAUCUCCGUGGCUCUUUGCGGCGCCAUCGCUGGUGGAAUUUCGGCAGGACUAACUACUCCACUGGAUGUGGUUAAGACCCGAAUUAUGCUUGCUGAACGAGAAAGUCUUAACCGACGUCGCAAUGCCCGGAGCAUUUUGCGUGGAAUUUAUCAAGAACGAGGUUUUAGCGGUCUGUUUGCUGGUUUUGUGCCGCGGGUAAUGUGGAUAACCCUGGGCGGUGCGUUCUUCUUUGGUUUCUACGACCUGACGACGCGAAUACUGGGCGCCACCAACACGAAUCAUUAAAACUAGGGCUAUUUUCGUUGUACUUGUAGUAGAGGCACGUAGUUUGCAUUAGUAACUUAACCGAUGACAACCACCGUAUGGAGACAACGUGGACAAUAAAGUUUAUGGAAGUCUUGAAAUAUUGACUAGGCGUUGUUUGGACCCUGUGAAUAAAAUAGCUUUAUAACUGGAA